UUUUAUGACAGUUAAGUCGACUAUUGAACGAAAUUAAACGCGAUUGGGAAUUUUGGUCAUCAGAAAGCGAACAGAUGAUUAUUUUUAAUUUCGCCAAUUGUGGAAGAAUUUAUACAAUUUUUUAUACAAUUUGCUUAAUAGGAACAUUAGUAACUUAUUUACUAAUGUCAGUGGUGCCACAAUUUCUCGACAUUGUUUUACCUUUAAAUGAAACGCGUACAAAAAAAUUGCCAUAUCAAAUGUAUUAUUUUGCCGAUUAUUCCGAUGACUAUUUUAAUUGGGUUAUGUUACAUAUUUCAUUUAAUGCCAUUUUGGAAAUGUGCAUUCUCAUUGGUUCUGAAUCAAUUUUGGCAGUUUUUACCGAACAUGCCUGUGCAUUAUUUCAAAUAAUUGGUGUACAAUUGAAAAAAAUUAAUAGCAACCAAAGUGAAAGUUACAACAUAAAAGCUGUGAUUUUUUGCAUUGAACAACAUAAUCGAGCGAUUGAAUUGUGCAGUAUCAUCGAAUCCCUAUUCAGUCCUUGCUUUUUUUUCGUAGUCGGACUAAAUGCGAUAUUAAUUUCUACUUCAUUAAUUCAGUUUGUUGAAAAUAUGAAUAAAUUUGAUAUUGCUAUGAGAUUUGGAGCAUUCACUGCAGCUUCAAUUGCUCAUCUCUUUCUAAACAGUUUUCCUGCACAAAGAUUAAUGGAUUCCAGUGCUAAUCUUGCAGAUAAUCUUUACGAUAGUUAUUGGUAUCAAAUGCCGGCGAAAUUAAGAAAACUUUUAUUACUAAUUAUGAUGAGAAGUCGAAUUCCAUGUAAAUUAACUGCUGGAAAAAUGUUAAAUUUAUCAUUGAGGAGUGUUUGUUCAGUAAGAUUAUUAUAAAAAUGAAACUUUAUUAUUUUUAAUUUUUCGGUUAUUUUUUUUCCUAUUAUUCCAUUCU